CUCUCCUCGACUUCCCACUUUUCGCAAUUGCCAACUGUCUACACUAUUCAGUUCUUUCGCUCGUUUCUCGUGAAACCCCCGGUGGGAUAGUACAAAAUCCACAAUUGAGGGCCUAUGAUCAAUCUUCCUACCCAACAUUUGUGCCGGAUUUGUCGUCAUGGAGGGAAACGACAAGGGCAAGGACACCACGGAUAGCGCCCCCAUUAGACCUGUGUCUUCGUUGCUAUCCCAUUUCGAGAAUCUCUCACAUCGUCGUUCCCCUUCUGCUGUGCCCAACGGCUCACACGACUCGUCUUUCCUCCGGGCUCCUGAACUCGGCGACGAUGUCCGCUCUUCCUCUAGGGCAUCUCUAGACCUCCCUCGUUCAAUAUCCCCCUGGGCUUCGGUGUCAGACGUCUCACCUAGCCAGCGGUAUGAUUGUGCAAAUGGUUCUCGCUCGCGGAAUGGCGGAUCUCCCGGAAUUUCUCCCGGACGACGGCAGAGCAGGCCCAUGUCGAUGAAUUUCCACUCCUCGCCACAGCUGGCGCCUACCCUGACGGUGGACUCUCCACGGUCUCCGCCCCGAGGGUUUGGGUCUUAUGGCGGGGACCGUGGUGAAGAUUCCCGCUUUUCUCGCACUCCGCCAAGUGCUUCACGAGAGCCUCUACCCAUCGCCUCGCAGAAGGGCUCAUACAGUCGACCAACGACCCCUGUGACCGCCUCAUCCAUUCCCACACAGUAUACAGGUGGCUACUUAUCUCCGGGACUGUCUACUUCAGUGGGGUCCAUCCGUGGGAGUCCCUCCGAUCGAAAGGGCAAGAGUAUUUCACUGCCUCCCACCGCCAAUCGAGCGGCAAAACCCAGAAUUCCUGUGAAACCGGCCGCUCUAUCCUUCAAUGAUCCUUCGCUCGCUCUCCGCCCCCAACGGGCGUCCUCUGAAGACCGCGUGUCGCCGUUUAGUACCCCUCCUAGUAGCCCCGAGAAAUCUUCCCCGCACCGACCCUCAGCUACAAGGCCAGCCCAGCCCCCUCGGCCGCUUUCUCGACAGUCUCCGCCGCCUGUUGGCCCCGAGCUUCCGUCCCGACGGUCGAAGGAAAGAUCCCCUGCUCCUCUCCCUGGAAGUGUGCGAGCUAGCAGAGAUUCGUCGGCUUCACGGCGCCAACCAGUCCCGGAACCAUCGCGCGAGACAAAGCCCUUGAUGGUUCAGAUUCCCAAGGGUCCAUCGGCGCAACCUGCAGCUCUUGCGAGUGCACCGUUAUCUGCGCGUCUACUCAAGACGACCGACAGCCCGCAUGACCCGCCAGGCCUCCCUCCACGAAAUUCGUCCGUAUCACGAAGGACCGGCCGGUCCCCCCCUAGACAGACAGCUCCUCUCGAUGCUUCAGUGUUCCCUAGACCUAUCUCCAGAAUUGACCCACGUCAGCAGACGCCAGUGGAGACAAAACCUCCCAAGCAAGUCCAACGCCAGCCCUCGUUUUCCCGGGAGACAAAGCUAGCGCCCCCUCCAUCCGUCCCGGAACGCCCGGUAAUAGUAGACCGCCAGCGCGUGCGACCCGCUCCGAGCGAAGACGAGCAAGUCCCGGAGGACCCCCCCAUACAAACUGACUAUCCAGACGCAUCGAACACAAACAGACGACCCCCACUCCUGAAGUCAGGGCCUCAAGAAAUCAACACUCGCUAUGAUACUCGGCUCAUGGACGUUUGUGGGAGACAUGUGUGCACAACUGGUUACAUUACCCGUGUUUGGGACCUUACCACUGGUGAACAGCUCAUGAGCCUCAGCCACGGCGAAACGGUUAAGAGUUUAUCGUUAGCCUUCAAACCAGGGGUAGGUCUUGAAGAUGAGGGCCAGCGUUUAUGGAUUGGUACAAACAGUGGAGAAAUCCACGAAAUUGAUAUUCUGACGGGAUCGAUUGUGGCUUCGCGGUCAUACCCUUCUCGACGGGAGGUUAUCAAGAUUCUACGGCAUAAGAAAGAAAUGUGGACUCUUGAUGACGAAGGUCGCUUGCUCAUAUGGCCACCGGACGAAACAGGUGUCCCGAACCUCCAGUACAGCUACCACAACCCUUAUGACAGGGUUGCUAGAGGACAUACGUUUUCGAUGGUUGUGGGUGAUACCCUGUGGCUGGCCACGGGUAGGGAAGUCCACGUGUACCAACCGAAUGCCCGUGACGAUACUUUGUUCAAAGUCUUGAAGCGGCCUUUAGGAUCUCAUCACACGGGAGACGUUACCUCUGGGGCCUUUACCACGAAGAACGGCGGAAGAAUAUACCUUGGCCAUGCCGAUGGGAAAGUAACUGUCUACUCUUCCAGAGAUUACGUGUGCCUGGGCGUGGUGAAUGUCAGCGUGUAUAAAAUCAACUGCUUGGGGAUUGUGGGCGACUAUCUUUGGGCCGCCUACAAAACCGGUAUGAUCUACGUUUACGAUACGAAUACGAACCCAUGGAAGGUAGUCAAGGACUGGUGCGCACACAAUAGCCCUGUUUGUUCGUUUUUACUCGACUCAAGUAGUGUGUGGACGAUGAACCGUCUGCAGGUGACUUCCCUAGGAACAGACAACUGCAUCCGCCUAUGGGAUGGAAUGUUGGAGGACGACUGGCUGGAAUCUCAGAUGCAGAAUAGAGACGUGGAGUUUUGCACGUUCCGAGAGAUUAGUGCUGUGGUUUUGACCUGGAACGCUGGCGCUUCCACUCCGGGCAGCGUACGCACAUCGUCCUUUAUUCAAGAUGCAAUCCAUCCGGAACAUCCGCCCGAGAUUCUGGUUUUCGGGUUCCAAGAAUUGGUUGAUCUUGAGAACAAGAAAAUUACAGCCAAGAGCUUGCUCCUGGGAAGCAAGAAGAAGGAUAGCGGGGAUAAGGAGCAUAUGAGCCGACAAUACCGGGUGUGGAUGGAGCAUCUUACCAGCUGUAUCAAUGACUGCAUGCCUUUGGAGGAGUCUUACGUGCUCCUGCACAGUGCUAACCUGAUUGGUCUUUUUACUUGUGUGUUUGUCAAGCACAAGGAACGGAAGAGGAUUACGGAUAUUAGCGCUGCUGAAGUAAAACGGGGUAUGGGUGGACUGCACGGAAAUAAGGGUGCUCUUAUUCUCCGUUUUGUCCUGGACGACAGCUCUCUGUGUUUCGUCAACUGUCACCUGGCAGCAGGGCAGUCGCAAACCACACACCGCAACACUGAUAUUGCAGCCAUUUUAGAGACUGAGUCGCUACCCGUGGAGACUAGCCUUACUGCUCGCUUAGAUCAUUUCGUGAGCGGUGGGGAUGGGUCAAUGAUCAUGGACCAUGAGAUUUGUCUGCUGAAUGGUGAUCUCAACUACCGCAUUGACUCGAUACCGCGGAAUGUGAUUAUUGAGGACAUCCGCAACAAUAAUCUCGCAAAGCUGCUGGACCGCGAUCAGCUUCUUGCAUCCCGACGCAAAAACCCUGGAUUCCGACUGCGGUCAUUUCAGGAGUCACCGAUCACGUUUGCCCCGACGUACAAGUAUGAUGUGGGCACGGACGAGUACGACUCGAGCGACAAGAGGCGUUCGCCUGCCUGGUGUGACCGUGUUCUUUACAGAGGACUCGGUAGAGUCAAACAACUCGAAUAUCGACGCCACGAGGUCCGAGCAUCCGAUCACCGACCAGUGAGUGCACGAUUCAAGCUCCGGGUCAAGACGGUCCUCCCCGAACACCGAGCCACGGUAUGGGACGCCUGCCAGAAGGAUUUCCAAGGCGAAAAGCGAAGGCUUGCAUCAGAGGCGAGCAUUGAGUAUCUCAUCAACGUUCUCGGAACAGAUGCCAAACAAGCACGGGCUCUGAUCGUGGGGAAAGGAAACUAAGUGUGCUUUUUAUGUAUAUUUGCUGCUAGAGAUUGGGGGUUGUUUUGGUUGCCUGACUCGUGGAUGGCGCGGAUAGCAUGAAGUACAGUACUACAUACUUCCUCCGUCGCCUCGUCUUGCUCUAGAGCCUGC